UUUUGUGCGUAUUUAUUGUUAUUGUAUUAAUAUUGUGGUGUAUUCCGUGGAUGAGCAGUCAUGUCCGGAGUUAUAAACAGGCCGAUGAGUCAAAUGAGGAAAAUGGAGGCGAAAGAGUCCCUCUUCCGGACUCGCAAGCGAAUCCUUCGGUACCUGGUCCACAGCUACCUGAAAGCCGAAGGUCUGUUCCACGCAGCUGAUACUAUGGCGGAGGAAGCGAGUCUUACUGCGGAGUACGAAGUUUGUGAUAAUAUAGACCUAGACAUCAUCAUGCAGGACUAUACAAGUUACUACCUAUCCCGCUUCAACAAGCAGCCACAAUUCUUACGCCAGGUGUCGUCUCCGGCCCCCCGCAGGCCUCCGACGAGACAGGCCAGGCCGAGGCCGGAGCCCGAGGCCCUUGAGCCUCUUGAGGCCUCGCUGCCUAAUGUCACGGUCACGCAGCUUGGUUUGGCUAAACAGGACUAUCAAAGCAUACCAGCCAUAGAAUUGAAAUCCUUAUCAACAUUCCUGGCCCGAGCGUCUCCAGAGAAGAAGCAACUGGUUGAAGACUUGUACCAGGAUAUCAUCAAGCCGGCGAAUGUCAGCUGGGAGGACAUCAAGGGGCUGGGAGAGGCAAAGAGCUUGUUGAUGGAGUCUGUUGUUUAUCCUGUCAGGCACCCAGAAGUGUUCACUGGUCUUCUGGAACCCUGGCGCGGCGUUCUUUUACACGGCCCCCCGGGCACGGGCAAGACUCUGUUGGCGCGCGCGGUGGCUAACGAGAGCCGGUGUACGUUCUUUAAUGUGCAGCCGAGCACGGUCGUCACCAAGUGGCGGGGGGACUCUGAACGAAUUAUUAAAGUACUCUUCGAAAUGGCGUCUUAUUACGCUCCCUCAAUAAUCUUCAUCGAUGAGGUGGAGACACUGGCCUCAGAGCGAUCCAUGCCUGGCGAACACGAGGCUUCACGACGACUGAAGGCACAACUCCUGACUGAGUUAGAUGGAGUAAGCGAGAGGGAAGGCAUCGUGUUCCUGCUUGCUAACUCUAACAUGCCAUGGGACAUCGACCCAGCCAUGCUGCGUCGCCUAGAAAAACGAAUAUAUAUCCCCCAGCCAGACCACAAGACUCGAGCUGAGCUGUUCUCACUGUUCCUCGGUCCUGAUGCGGCACCGUACCUCACAGAUCUGGCCACGAGAACCGAGGGGUAUUCGGGCAGCGAUGUGAAAUUGGUGUGCAAGGAGGCGCUCAUGGCAGGCGUUAGGACGAUGCUGCCCAAUAUGGGGAAAGGAGUCAAACACCAACGCAAAUACCGUCUAGAUCUCGCCGCCAUCUUGACGGCCAUAAACAAGACGAAGCCAGUCUCCAAGAACCUGAGCAAGAGGCACGAGGAUUGGCAGAACGAGACAGGUUGCUCGUGAUCGGAAUUAAGUGUUAUUGCGUCCUGAUAA